GAACGAAGUAGGACACAGGGCCAUAGGCUAGUGGCAAGAGUGUGACAAGCAUAUUAUAUCUGUAUGAGAACCCGCUAACUUGGGUGCAACAAGGACUCGACCAUAUUUUCAUAAAAGCGCCAACGUUAAAAUAGCACUCAGAAUAACACCCCGCAUUCUUGUCGUACCAACUUGUGUCAGCAAUUAGGAUAAUUGGUUCUUCAACACCGAAGAAGCCGGUGUCAUCUCGUUGGCUUAAUAAGGUACUGCUUGCGCUUGGGACCAAUAAUAACGCAUCGCUUCGAAUUCUCUCUUCUUGGCUCGUCAUAAGCAGGCUGAUGUCUGCAGCUUGCUGGUGACGCAUCUUGGGAAAUGGCUGCCGAUGCACUGACGCGUCUACCAUGCCGAACCAGAGGAGUGGUUAUAAAGACUAUGAUGGAGGUCCUUGUUUCAGCAGCAUCCAAGCACCCAAGUCCACCGUUCCGCUAGCUAUCAAACCACAAACAUGACUUUCCCUACGCGUAAGAUUGGCACAGACAACGUUUCUGCCAUCGGAUUUGGUGGCAUGGGCCUCUCCAUUGCCUAUGGCGCCGUCGAGUCUGACGAGGAGCGUUUCAAGGUUCUCGAUGCUGCACACGCAAGUGGGUGCACAUUCUGGGACACGGCAAACGUCUACGGUGACAAUGAGGACCUGAUCGGCAAAUGGUUCAAGCGUACAGGAAAACGCGAUGAGAUCUUCCUCGCUACAAAGUUUGGAGUCGACUUCAGCACAGCCAGGACCGUUAAUGGCACCCCAGAAGCCUGCCGCACUCACCUCCAACGUUCGCUGGAGCGUCUUGGAGUUGACAAGAUUGACCUAUACUACCUGCAUCGGCCCGACCCUGAGGUUCCCAUUGAAGAGACGGUUGGUGCAAUGGCUGAGCUCGUCAAGGCCGGCAAGGUGAAGUACCUGGGUUUGUCCGAGUGCAGCGCCAACACUCUCCGCCGCGCCCACAAGGUGCACCCGAUCGCUGCGAUCCAAGUCGAGUACUCUGCCUUCACGCUCGACAUCGAGGGCGAGUUGAACAUACUCAAAACUGCGCGGGAGCUUGGCGUGAAGGUUAUUGCUUACUCACCUCUGGGACGUGGUCUGAUCACUGGUCAAUACAAAUCUCCCGACGACUUUGAGGAGAGUGACUUCCGACGGAUGGUCCCUAGAUACUCCAAGGAAAACUUCCCCAACAUCCUCAAGUUGGCUGAUCUCUUGAAGAAGGUUGGCGAAUCGUACGAUGCUACGGCCGGUCAAGUUGCUCUUGCGUGGCUCCUGGCUCAGGGUGAAGACGUCAUCCCGAUUCCUGGAACGAAGAAAAUCAAGUACCUGAACGAGAACCUUGCUGCGGUGAGCGUCAAGCUGGGACCAGAGCAUGUCCAAGAAGUAAGGCAGCUUGCCGAGAAAGCGGACUGGGCGAAUGGCGCGCGAUACCCUGAAGGGAUGUGGCAGACAUUGUACGCUGAGACGCCUGAGCAGAAGUGAUGAUAGUGCCUUCAGAGACUGCAACGCGUUGAGCUCGUGUAGGAUAGACUGGAUACUGUAGGAUUAGAAAUAUGGCAAAAUGUUA